GCAUUCGCACCCAGGCGAGUCCAGCAUUUGUACAGGUGACGGCUUUGGCUUCCUCGCACUGCACGCAGCUCUCCGAGGCAGAGUUGAGGGCAGAAGGAAUGUUGUCCCUUCUGGUUCUGGGUCUCCUGGUGGCUGGACUAUGCCCUGCUGUCCAUGGCCUCGCAGUGGACAUGCUGCACCAGCAGGACUUGACCAAGGAAGACCAACACAAGGAGAUGCCUGUGGACCACCUCAGAUUAGCCUCCAGCAACACUGACUUUGCCUUCAGCCUCUACAAGCAGUUGGCUUUGAAGAACCCUCAAAAAAAUGUUGUCUUCUCUCCCAUGAGUAUCUCCAUGGCCUUGGCGUUCGUGUCACUGGGGGCCCGUGGCACCACCCUGACAGAGAUUCUCGGAGGCCUCAAGUUCAACCUCACAGAGAUCUCUGAGACAGAAAUCCACCAGGGCUUCCAGCACCUCCUGCACGCCCUCAACCAAUCCAAGAGCCUGAUGCAGCUGAGUGUGGGCAAUGCCAUGUUCGUCGAUGGGAAGCUGACGCUGCUGGACAAGUUCAGGGACGAUGCCAAGGCACUGUAUGCCUCUGAGGCUUUCUCCACCAACUUCCGGGCUUCUGCCACUGCCAAGAAGCUCAUCAAUGACUACGUGAAGGAGAAGACCCAGGGGAAAAUUCUGGAUUUGAUCCAGAGCCUUGACCCAAGCACAGUGAUGGUCCUGGUGAAUUAUAUCUUCUUUAAAGCCAAGUGGAUGACACCCUUUGACCCCCUCGACACUGCCAAGUCCAAGUUCUUCGUGAGUAAGAAGAGGUCGGUGGAGGUGCCCAUGAUGCGCCAUGAGGACCUGCGCACGCCCUACUUCUGGGACGAGGUGCUCUCCUGCACGGUGGUGGAGCUGCGGUACACCAGCAAUGACAGCAUGCUCCUCAUCCUCCCAGACGAGGGCAAGAUGAAGGAGGUGGAAGCUGCACUGUCCCCCGAGACGCUGGGGAGGUGGAGAGACUCACUGCAGAUGAGAACGAUAGACCUCUCCCUGCCCAAGUUUUCCAUCUCCAGCAACUAUAAUCUGGAAGACAUACUCCCAGAGCUGGGCAUGAAGCAAGUCUUCACCCAACAGGCUGACCUGUCAGGGAUCACAGAGACCGGGAACCUGGCGGUCACUCAGGUGAUCCACAAAACCGUGAUCGACGUGGCCGAGAAAGGCACGGAAGCCGCGGCUGCCACGGGCGUGGGCUUUGCCCUCCUGUCCCUAAGAAUCCCAGAGCUCACAGUGAAGUUCAACAGGCCCUAUCUGCUAGUCAUACUCUCCAAAGACACCCAGAACAUCCUCUUCUGUGCCAAAGUCGCCAACCCCAAGGAAGGCUAGCGCCCCUCUGCAGGCAGCGGGGCAUUCCCGCCGAGGGCGCCCGGGUGUCUGGGCGCAGCCUGACCCUCCCUGCUCAUCCUCGGGAAAGUGACGGUGGCUCUGCCCGGUGGCUCCUGCGCGCAAAAGAGGCCUGUGGGCAGUUCAUCCAGAGACUCCGAGACUUCCCAACAGCAAUAAGCCAUCUUCCUCCAACGGGGCAUGUUCCUCGUGCCUUUCCACACUGAUUCCCCGGGCUCAGGGCCCCUCUGCCUUCACCUUUGGCAGCCUGCCCAGGACCCGGAGGGGGACCGCUGUGCGGUUCCUACUUCUGUGGGCUCUCCGGUCCCCAGUUCCAGUGUCGCUCUUCCCCUCCCCGAGGAGGGAAAAGACCUGGCACAGGCCCUGGACCCCUGGCUCCUGCAGCUGAGCUGGGCCUUCUGCCUUCGGGGACGGCCCCCUCCGGCCCCCCCGGCCCCCCAACCUGGGGAGAGUGGCUACUUUCCAGGUUCCUGUUUCUGAGUUCUCCCCCGACAGAUGGUCCCCCGGUAAUGAGAGGGAGGGCGUGGGGACAAACAAGCAAUAAACACGCACCCGCAAUAAAAGCAA